AUUUUCAAUAAAUAAUCUGAAAUUUUUUAUUAAACCUGUUUUUCGGUUAUAAUGGUCGGUGAUGGUUUAAAUAGUCCCCGUCAGCAGGGCGGCAAAAUCCAAUCGCAAGAGAAUGAUCCACAAUUUCCAGACAAGUAUUCGAUGCGUAACACACGAGUACUUAAAAUGAAUAUGGGCCAACUGAAGACAGUCCCGGAACACAUAUUCGAGAUCGCUUGCAAUGAACUGGUCAAUAUUGUGAAUCUUGAGAACAAUCUGUUCACCGAAGUGCCUUAUGAUCUGCAUUAUUUGAGCGAGUUGCUAACCGAGCUGAACUUGGCCAAGAACCAAAUCUCUUUCAUACCCUCGUUUAUAUCGCAGUUCUCGCGUCUUCUUCAUGUGAAUCUGUCCUGCAAUUUGCUGCGCAGUUUGCCAUUGGAGUUCGCCGGUCUUCGAAUGCUCUGUGAAUUGAAUAUUUCGCACAAUCGCUUUGAUCAGCUGCCAAGAUGCAUCUACGAGCUGGAGAAUCUCGAAACUCUUAUCGCCAAUGAUAAUAAAAUCCGUGAAGUGGACGCCAGUGAGAAUGGUCUUGGUGCCCUCUCCCGACUCAGCUAUCUGGAUUUGUCCAACAAUGAUAUCCAGGUCGUACCGCCCGUGCUGGGCAACCUCACGAAUAUUGUAAAUUUGCAGUUGUCUGGCAAUCCUUUUCGUCAACCACGUCAUCAAAUUUUAGCAAUGGGCACCGCCACCAUUAUGGAUUAUCUUCGUGGUCGCAUUCCUCUGUGAAGGACUGUACAACUUUUAAUUAUCAAUAGUAAAAUAUGUACAAAUUAUAUGAUAUUUUAA